GGAGAGAGAAAGGAGGACCAGAAAUAAACCAGCAGGAAAAAGAUGAGGUGAGCGUUGAUCUUUCAGCUGGGAGCAACAGCCACUACACUCUGCAACAGCCACGACACGGUGGUAUAAAUGACUUCUCUAUGUUGGAAAGAGACCUCGAAUAUACAGACCUUUUCUUGCAUGGCAAUGUUGCUGCUUGCCACUCUGGGCAGGAAGGAUCGUGUGCCGUCAGGGUCCCUGGCUCAGCAUGCUGAAGAAAGAGCACCUGGGAUCAGAGAUGUAAACCCAGAGGUGGAGAACAGACGACCCUGAGGAAGCUGCUGUUCCUGGAUGUGUUUUUAAGGGAGAGGGACUGGCUAUGAUCUGAUCUCUGGGAUGCCACAAUCUUGAGCUGUAGGGAGAAGGUGGAUGCUCCUCAGAGAAACAAGAGAAAGUCGCUCAACAGUGAAGGACCUCAGCUUCUUAACAAACUCCAAUUGCACAUAAUAGUUGGUGGCUGGGAAACUACAUCAAGGGCCAAAGGGAUCUGCACUCAGGUCUUUUUCCUACUCCUUCCUUCCCUCCCUCCCUUCAUCCAAUGACGGCUACAAGACAAGCUGAACUUCUCCCAGAUCUUUGCCAGAUAAUUGGAAAUAUUGUGCCUUUGCUUGGGAUGAUUUCAUCCUGAUGGGCCACUUCGACGGGAUGUACAAAACGUGACUUGGGUGAUGAGCACCCAAACGGGGACUGACUUAAUGCACAGAGUUUACACAUGAAUCGCAAGGGAGCACUGAAAAGGAAGGAGCUCGUCCACAUCCUCAGAAGACUAAUUUAGAAGGAGAGAUCUCGAAAGUUAGGGCUGGUGGAUUUUGCUAAUAAUAAUAAUAAUAAAAUGCACACCUGCAGGUCCACAUACCUGCCUACCCUACAUACCGUCAGAAGAUUAUACCUGAUGCAAUGCAGCCCGGCAGCUGCGAUUGUUGUCUUUUUUGCUUUGCUAUGCAAUUCAAAUUCUCAAUAAAGUAGAAAGGAAAAUGUUCUUCCCUGGACAACACUAGAGCAUCAACAGUCAAAAAGGACUGUGAAUCUUAAAAACAAUGUGGAACAGUGUGAGGAGCUGAUUUCUGAAUCUACUUGUAAAGACAGAACUGACAUUUUAAAUUUUGGUAGCAGAAAGGGACAAAGUCUGAAAGAGUAUGUAUAUAAAAAUGUCCCGCCAAUGGAAGGGAUGGAAAAUUAAAUCGGAAACAAAAGCACCUAAUGUGUUCUGCUUCAAUAGAGCUGAAGGGCUAGUUAAAUGGACACUGGACAAACUGAAUCAAUAGCCUAUUUAAGGGAGAAUCCAUGUAGGCUGGAGAGUGAUUGUGCCCCUGGGAUGCUGAGCUUAUUUGUACAGGACUCUGAGGAUUUUUGUACUGGCCUGUUCUGCUUAAGAGUAUUCCAUUUUAGGCUGAAAUUCAGGAAGGAUUACUGGAGGGGGAAAACCAUGACUGUGACAGUCAGUUUCAGAUACUUGCCACAGAAUGCCUGAUGUUUCUUAAUGAGAUUCCUAAGGAUGAUGGGAUCCCUCCCGAGAGCGAAGAGACUUUAGCACAAUCCUUAGAGGGGGUCUGCCUGGUGGUGAGUAAUUAAUGGACACCUGAUGUCUCUUUUGCAAGCUCUGCAAGGACAUGAGCUGAUGUCAUCGCAAGCCCCCAUGAUAUGAUCUUGCCUUGGGAGGAAACAUGAUUUGGAACAACACCACUAUGGACGGGGAAGGGAUGCUUGUGAAAAGGGAUUCCUGCUUUCGGAUCCUCACCGGCUGCUUCCUUUCCUUGCUGAUUCUUUCCACGCUCCUAGGGAACACACUGGUCUGUGCCGCGGUCAUCAGGUUCCGCCACCUGAGGUCCAAGGUGACCAACUUCUUUGUGAUCUCUCUGGCAGUCUCAGACUUGUUAGUAGCCGUCUUGGUCAUGCCUUGGAAAGCCGUGGCGGAGAUAGCUGGAUUCUGGCCUUUUGGGUCCUUCUGUAAUAUUUGGGUGGCAUUUGAUAUCAUGUGUUCCACAGCCUCCAUCUUAAACCUGUGUGUCAUCAGUGUGGACAGAUAUUGGGCCAUCUCCAGCCCAUUUAGGUAUGAGAGGAAAAUGACCCCAAGGGCAGCCUUCAUUAUGAUCAGUGUGGCAUGGACUUUGUCUGUGCUGAUCUCCUUCAUCCCAGUGCAGCUGAACUGGCACAAGGCUAAAACCACCAGCUUCUUAGACCUGAACUCCACUUUCCAAGGGGUAGCUAUGGACAACUGUGACUCCAGCUUAAACAGGAUGUACGCCAUCUCUUCCUCCCUCAUCAGCUUCUACAUCCCAGUGGCCAUCAUGAUAGUCACCUAUACGAGGAUAUACAGGAUUGCUCAGAAGCAAAUCAGGCGCAUUUCCGCCUUGGAAAGAGCAGCCGUGCACGCCAAAAACUGCCAAACCCCCGCCGGCAAUGGAAGCAGCAUGGAUUGCCAGCAGCCAGAAAGUUCCUUCAAAAUGUCCUUCAAGAGAGAAACGAAAGUCUUGAAGACUUUGUCGGUGAUCAUGGGGGUGUUUGUGUGCUGCUGGUUACCCUUUUUCAUACUGAACUGCAUGGUGCCCUUCUGUGAGCCCACCAUACAAUCCAAGGGAGCAGAACCGUUUUGUAUUAGUUCUGCCACUUUUGACGUCUUUGUUUGGUUCGGAUGGGCCAACUCUUCACUGAACCCCAUCAUCUAUGCCUUCAACGCAGACUUCCGCAAGGCAUUCUCUACUCUCUUGGGAUGCUACAGACUCUGUCCCGCUUCCAUCAAUGCGAUAGAGACGGUUAGUAUUAACAACAAUGGGGGCAUAGCCUUUUCCAGUCAGCUUGAGCCCAGAGGGUCCAGCCCCAAAGAAUGCAAUUUAGUCUAUCUGAUCCCCCAUGCUGUUAUAUGCCCAGAAGAAGAUGACAUGGCGAAAAAGGAAGAGGAGGGGGAACUGUCUAAAACGUUGGAGAAAAUUUCUCCAGCCCUAUCAGGUAUCUUGGAUUUUGAAGCUGACGUUUCUUUGGAAAAGAUCAACCCCAUCACACAAAAUGGUCAGCAUAAAACCUGAGGUGUGAAAGAGCUAGCAGCCCAUCGAAAUGCAGAAGGAAGAUUUGUAAGGUGUUUCUCUCUCUUUUUCUUUUGUAAGAAAGUGUGCUAUCGCGAGAGUUUAAAGCCAUCACACAAAAGCCCAGAGCUCAGUUAGCUGCUGUUUGACAGAAGCAUCCAAUUUAAAACAAAGAAUUCCAACCUGCAUAACAUUGUAUUUAGAGAUUGUUCUAUGUUGUUCAUCCUGAAUUUGAAACAGAUCUAAAUUGUAGAUACUGCACAGCUGCAAAGGAAAUGGAAAAUCAGCUUGUUAAAUGUUUGCAGAAACAGAACUGGGGGGAGGCUAACGAAUAUUAUUUAUGAACAAAAUGUAUUAAGCUAAGUAUGAGGUUCCUGUUUGACUUGCAUAGUUGUAUUUGAGUGUUCAUAGGUUGCAAGUAAAGUUUGGUGACUUUUGCCAGGUUAGGUGGAUGCCUUUAUAAAUGAUUUCUGAACAUCAAUAGAGCCUUAUAACAAGAGUGGAAUAUUUUUAAUAGUAGGAAGACAAUGUGUCAAUACUGGCUUUAUUUAUUUAUUAUUUAAAUGGCUAUUUUUUCAUAUGUUAAGAAAUCUAGCUUUAUUUAUCUUAUUUUAUAUAUGUCUAAAUAAUGGGAUAUUUCUGGGGUCUCAUUCACUGCAUUUUUGACCAGUUUACUAGUCAGCACUUUAUAAAACAAACAAAGGAACAAUUCUGAAAGUGAGCUUUGCCUGGAUAACUAUGUAACACGUAGUUGUUCAAAACACAGGAGAAGCUGAAGAACCGACAAAGUUGUGUGAUGGUGAUGAUGCAGUGUUCUUGUGGGGCUUUCUGUACCAAAAAUAUAGGACCAGAGUUGACUGAAUGGCAAGAUGCAAAAGUUGUGCCCUUAUAAGAAACGAAACAAAUUGCCAUAAAUUUAUUUUGGAAUUUCCUGUUAUGUUGACUUUGCUUGAACGUCAGCAUGUGAAACUGUAUAUAGUACACCUUAUAUAUGAAUACAACUUAUAAGAUGAAUUGAGCUAAGAAGAAAACCAUCUUAGUUAACCAACAGUGGGUUUUUGUCAUUUUGUAAGAUAAACCACCCCUCUCGGACUUUUUUUUUAAUGUCAAAUUUUGACUAUUGUUUCUUGGGGGGGGGGAGAACUCCCCCUCCCAUGUAACCAGUGAAAUGGAGAAUAGACCUAUCAAUAGCUAUUAUCCAUGACAGCUAGAGCCUCCAUUUUCUGAGGCAGUAUACCUCUAAAUACCAGAUGCUGUUGAAAAACCACGAGGGAGGGCUUUUGCCCUUGGGCCUUGCACAUGGACUUCUUGGAAGCAUCUGUUUGGCCACCAUGGGAAACAUCCCACCCUCACCCUGGUCUGGCCUGUUGAGGUUUCCUUUGCUCUUUUGAAACUGGUAAUAAAAAAUGAAGAGAUAAAUAAAUAUUGAUGUCAUCUGAAGCUGCACGAUUUGCUACUGUACCCAUUCAGAAUGUCGGAAGUGAGAUACUGCGAUAUAAAUUCUAGCUGUCUUGGUUGGCUUCCCUCAUGUAGAAAAUAGUGCCUCAUUCCUAUUCUGGAUGCCGACACAGUGAAUGGAGAAGCAAAACCCCCCACUAUCCCACAAGUUUGCCCAACAUUUCUUUUUGACUACCUACGUAGAAAUCAAAAUUCCUGCGACAUUCCCUUGAAGAUAUAAACGAAAAACAAUGAUGAUGCCAAUCUCACCAACAGACACCAGCAUUGAUAUACAAACACAUUCCAAGAGAAUAAUCUGGGGGGUUCCUUUUGUGAGGGGAAGGGUAAGAAUGUUAGCAAAACCCCAAACUUUUGCAGAAACAUACUCCUUAUUAUAGCAUUCAUCCAGAAGUGUAGUCAGCAAAAGAGGACUGGGAGAGAUCAUUUAGAAGCCUAAUGAAAAUAUACACCCUGAAUCAGGUCUGUGUUAUUUAAGUAUUGUGAAUGUUUUCAUAAUUCUUAUUGCCUGUAAGCUGCUUUCAUACAUAUAAUAAAAAUUAUUUUGUGAACAUAAGGUCAAAUAAAGCAAUUUACAUUACGUUUA